UUAAACAAAAACCGAACCAAGCUGACGCCUUGCUGCACAUUUACCUAUGUUGUUGCUCUCAGAGCAAAUGGUGCAGAUUGGUUUUAAUCCAAGUUUUUGUCUGGACUCUUCAUAGUUCAUCAUAGCGCGAUUAUACAAUCGGAGAUCGUUUCUGUUUUCGCGUUUGUAGAUUGCACUUUCUGUCACUGGAAGAGCAUAUAGCAUAUAGAAAAGCAUCUAGAGUGCAUGCUCUUCCUUAGUCGAAGGAUUAGCGUUUAAAACUAAGUGCACAAAGUGAUAGGACCGAAUAUGUAAUACUUUAAAAACUUCGCGGGUGUUUGAACUUCGAGUGUUCUUUAUCAUUUUAAGGUAAUUAAGUCAAGUGCUGAAAAUCUUAAGGAAUCCAAUGACGCGCCCGGUGCCUUUUCAGCACCACGGACAGUUCCAGACGCGCACAGCGUCUCAGAGGCGCGCGCUCAUCACUAACUUCACCCAAUGAAUGAAACGUCUACUGCUGGAAUUCAGUCACAUUUCAAAAACAGCAACAGAGUAAAACGAAAGUCUCAAGGAUACGAAGAAAAUACACGGACUUUAUAACCUUUUGUCUUUAAAGGUAUCUGCUUGGAAUUUGUCGAUGUGAGGUGAACACGGACAGGACAGAGCAGAUCGUGAUCACUAACCAGCGGGAGAUGGAAAUGACACUCGAGUUUGCCCACUCCUGCUUACAAGCACACUGAAAAUACUGAAGUCUUCCCUCAGCACGUCACAAGCACUAAUCCUUUCCAGCAAGCGAAAGGACCAGCGUCUGCUUAACAGGUAUUGACCUGUAAAGCAGAGACCUUUGCACACCAUGGCCCACAGGUUAGCUCAUUUUAGAGGUCACGGCCCAUCGUGGCCCCUUCAUCUCACUCUACUGUUGCUUCUAUUGGCCAGGACACCUCAAGCUUUGGCUGUCCCUGGUUACAACACUGACAUUUCCAAGAAGGAGAUCAUAAUAGAAGGUGACUUAGUGAUCGGAGGCCUGUUUCCUGUUCACCAAAAGGGAGAAGGGGCUCAGGACUGUGGCCGUAUCAAUGCCCAGAGAGGGAUUCAGAGACUGGAGGCAAUGCUGCUAGCCCUGGACGAGAUCAAUCGAGAUGAACAAAUUUUGCCCGGGGUCACUUUAGGUGCCCACAUUUUGGACACUUGCUCUAAAGACACAUAUGCGCUUGAGCAGUCGCUAGAGUUCGUGCGCGCAUCGCUGACGAAAGUCGACGAUAGCGAGUACACGUGCCCGGAUGGAUCCUAUGCUAUCCAUGAUGACGUUCCGCUCGCUAUAUCGGGAGUGAUCGGAGGUUCCUACAGUGAUGUGUCCAUACAGGUGGCCAACCUCCUGCGUCUUUUCCAAAUCCCUCAGAUCAGCUACGCCUCGACCAGCGCAAAACUGAGCGACAAAUCCCGCUAUGAUUAUUUUGCACGAACCGUGCCGCCCGACUUCUACCAGGCCAAAGCCAUGGCUGAAAUCCUGCGCUAUCUCAACUGGACGUACGUCUCCACCGUGGCCUCAGAGGGCGAUUAUGGCGAGACGGGCAUCGACGCCUUUCAGCAGGAGGCUCGAGCUCUGCAAAUCUGUAUCGCCACUUCGGCCAAGGUCAGCCGCUCCAUGGACCGCUAUGGUUACGAUGGGGUCAUCAGAUCUCUGCUGCAGAAGUCCAACGCUAAAGUAGUGGUCCUCUUCACUAGAAGCGAAGACGCCAGGGAGCUCCUGGUUGCUGCGAAGCGCAUGAAUGUCUCUUUUAUCUGGGUGGCCAGCGAUGGAUGGGGAGCGCAGGAGAGCGUGGUGAGAGGAAGCGAGAGCGUGGCAGAUGGAGCUUUUACUAUUGAGUUGGCGUCCUACGCCAUCCCAGACUUUACCUCGUACUUUACGAACCUCAAUCCAUACAACAACACGCGGAACCCCUGGUUCAGAGAAUUCUGGGAAAAUCGCUUUCAGUGCAGUCUGCACGACAUCGGCUGCGGGAAGCAUUCGCUCCGAGAUGGCAAAUUCGAGCAGGAGUCCAAGAUCAUGUUUGUGGUUAACGCUGUGUACGCCAUGGCCCACGCCUUGCAUAACAUGAGACAGGCGGUGUGUUUGAAUAACACAAAAAUCUGCAGCGCCAUGAAACCAGUCAAUGGGAAGAAGCUGUACAAGGACUUUAUCUUGAAGACAAAGUUUGAUGCUCCGUUUCGGCCUGCUGAUACAGAGAAUGCCAUUCACUUUGACACCUAUGGAGACAGCCUGGGUCGCUACAACAUCUUCCAUUAUCACAAAGAGAACGGCGAGUAUGUGUAUCGAAAAGUGGGGUACUGGGCUCAGAGUCUGAGUCUGAACACGAGCUCCAUUCCAUGGGAAAGCCAAGAGGCGCCCACCUCCCAAUGCAGUGACCCUUGCAGGAAAAAUGAAAUAAAGAGCAUGCAGCCCGGAGACGUCUGCUGCUGGAUAUGCAUUCCUUGCCAGCCGUUUCAAUACCUCCAGGACGAAUUCACCUGUGCGGUUUGCGGUUUCGGAGAGUGGCCUUUAGAUAAUCUGACGGGUUGUUAUGACCUACCCGAGGAGUACAUUCACUGGCAGGACGCCUGGGCUAUUGGACCGGUCACCAUCGCAUGCCUCGGGAUCCUCUGCACGCUCUUCGUGAUCGGCCUCUUCCUAAAGCACAACGAGACUCCGGUGGUGAAAGCCAGCGGACGUGAACUGUCCUACAUUCUUCUGCUGGGUGUCCUGCUUUGUUACUCCAUAACCUUCAUCUAUAUCAGCAAACCCUCGGCCGUGGUGUGCACGUUACGACGGCUCGGCCUGGGCACGUCCUUCGCCGUUUGCUACUCCGCAUUGUUGACCAAGACCAAUCGCAUCGCUCGAAUAUUCAACGGCGUUAAAGACGGAGCACAGAGGCCACGAUUCAUCAGCCCCGCCCCUCAGGUGGCCAUCUGUGCUGCUCUGAUCUCCUGUCAGCUGCUGGUAGUGGUGGUCUGGCUUCUGGUUGAGGCUCCGGGGGUGAGAAAGGAGGUCAAUCCCGAGAAAAGAGACGUGGUGACGCUGAAGUGCAACAGCAAGGAUUCGAGCAUGCUGUUGUCUUUAACAUACAACUGCAUCCUUAUCAUCCUUUGUACCUUUUACGCCUUUAAGACUAGAAAGUGCCCAGAGAACUUCAAUGAGGCCAAGUUUAUCGGCUUCACCAUGUACACCACGUGCAUAAUCUGGCUGGCUUUCCAGCCCAUCUUCUAUGUUACCGCCAGUGACUACAGGGUACAGACCACUACCAUGUGCAUCUCUGUGAGUCUGAGUGGCUCAGUAGUGCUGGGCUGCCUCUUCGCUCCCAAGAUCCACAUCAUCCUCUUCCAGCCCCAGAAGAAUGUCACCACACACAGAGUGGCCACCACCCGAUUCAGUGUGACCACUGGUCCUGGCUCUAGCUUCUCCCAAGCCUCAGCCUCCAACAUUGUGCCUACGGUAUGUAAUGGCAGAGAGGUAGUGGACUCGACUACAUCUUCACUCUAAGAAACCUGUUUGUUUGGCAAAUGUGGUAUACAGAUAAAUCACUAGUAGUCAUGAAAACAAGUGUUUGCUAAUGUUGAGGAGGCUAUUCAGAAUAAAGGUUGCCUGUUAUGUUGUUCUCAACGUGCUGUGAGUACAAUAUCCCAUUUUGUUUCUCUCUCGUCUCUCUAUCUCUGACUUGUUAGAUAAUAUCAGUGGGAUGCCAGUUUAAAUUCUGUAUACCAGUUCUUUUUAUGGAAACAAAAUAAUGAAGUAUUGUUUGAGAUAUGGAGUUAAAAUGUAGUAAAUCUGUUUAAAGUAUUAUGUACAGGUUGUUUUUAAUGUAGAUUUAUGGUGAUUCUGGUUUGUGCUCUAUACUGUAAUUUAUGUAAAUAAAUUUAUGUAAAAUGUGUUUUAUAUGAAUAUGAGGAGUCCUGGUUGAUUUCACUUUUGGUGUCCCUUUGAUUCUUUUAUGGCAGGUAUAUUCUUUUGAUUUUCUACAAAUGCAUUCUUGGGUUUAGAUGAAUACUUCACAGUUACUUCUACUACUCAGCUGCUUGGCCCUUUUUUAGGUAGUAGCCUACUAUUAAAGUUUGGGUUCAAGCAGUGUUUGGACAGAGUUAUAUGCACAACAUCAAGCACUACAAAAACAUCAACUUUUUUAGACAUGUAUCCAUUUUCUUGCAAGCAAAUACAAUGCAAACACAUUUGCAAAUUAACUACACAUGGGCAAUGGCACCGAACAAAAAUUUAUUGUACAUUGUCUCCCUCUAGAGGAUAUAAAUACUCAUUACGUUUUAUUAAAUAAAAUGAUGUUGUACCACAGGUGACAAAUAAACGUGCCAUAAAUUAUUCUUACAUUCUUUCUUGU